CAAGGACAAGCCGGAGGUUCUUGGUGUGCUCUCAGAAGUCUGCCUGGAGUUCUCACUCAGAAGAUGGAGCGGUCUACCCAGGAGCUAUUUCUCAACUUCACAGUUGUCCUGAUCACCGUUCUCCUUAUGUGGCUUCUCGUGAGGUCCUACCAAUACUGAGGGGCCAUGCUGCACUUCUGGGAGUGACUGCUGUGUGCCCCGAGCUUCCACUGCUGUUACUGUCAUGGGAUGCUAUUCUUGGUACCACACCAUCUCUGACCCGCACUCACGAUGCCUGACACUGUUGUGUGUUUUCUAAAGAUGCUGUCCUUGUGGGCUGCCAAAAGCUUGUUAGCCAGUGAGCCUUAGGCUUGUUCCCUAGUAAAUGCACGAUUCAGGCCACCAGGUUAAAAUUAAACUGUAUUCCUGAUGAUGCAGAGCAACAACAAUGUCUGGUCUGUGUCAACACACAUCCCCCAACCCACCCUGUCUGCCACCGAACUAACUCAACCCUUCAGAAGAAAUGUACACGGAAGUC